UUUUUCUUCUGUGGGUGUUCCCAAGCAGGACGUGGGCGGCUACGCUGCCCUGCAUCUGUGAUUGAGGCUCCAACGGUUCGUGGGAAAGCUGUACAGAGGGAAUUGUAUAGGCACUGUCACCAGUCUACCUGGACGCGCACCCAUCCACGGAGACGUUAGUAAAGACAUACACUCGCCAUCACCAUGAAGAGGCCUUGUGAGGAUAGUACUUCUGACAGCGACAUGGAUGAAACUAUUGAUGUCGGCAGUGAGAAUAAUUAUUCUGGGUAAGUUCAUUGAAAUGAUUUGGGUUAAAUAAUGGGUAAAUAUAAAUCACAAAUUGGUUAGGUUAGCCUUCAUUUUCCGCGUGUGCGCCACAGGGGAAAUGAUGAUGAAACUUUCAGUUGAGAAAAAUUUAGCAAAAGUGCAUGCAGAAAAAGUUUCAUUCUGGUGUAAACCUUCAGGUGACAAGUGCAAAUUCUCACCUUGUGUGGUUCGUGAACACAUGCAGGCAAUUUUGGAGAAUUCUCUCCAAGGUAUUUUGAAUAUAGAGGAGACUCUUGCUUGAUCAGUGCAUGCUACAUGAGUGUUAUCAAACGAUGUAUUGAUGCAUAAAUUACACAUACUAAACUGUGUGGUUUUGGAUAAUUGCUCAUCCGGAAAAAACUUCAACAUAUAGAUUAUGUUUGUCCCAUGCAGACACAGCAAUGGGUCAUUUAUUAGAUGUGGCUCCCCAACAACAACAACCCAAGUUAUGGCAAGAAAAAAACGAAGAGGGGUAAUUAUCUAUUGAGUAGUUUAUUACCAUCAUUAUUAUUAUGUGUUACUUAUUAUUCAAUACUGUAUUAUAAAUGGCUUAUUAUUUAAACAUGUAUUUAAUUAUUGUCACAUUAUUGUUAACAUUAUUAGUAGUAGUAUUAUUAAUAGGCCUUGAAUUGUUAUAUUUCAAAGUAUGCAAUAAUAUAAUUGUCUAUCCUAGAUCAUUGAGAAGAGAAGGAGGGAUCGAAUCAAUAAUAGUUUAUCAGAGUUACGUCGACUUGUCCCAACUGCAUUUGAAAAACAAGUGAGUUUAAAUUAUAUCCUCUCUGAUUUCUAAAUGGAACUUACACAAAAGUUUCAUUUUCAUCAAAACAAUAACAGAUAAUGACAUUUUGUGGGUAUUUUAUUCGUAAAAAGUGAUGAGAGUUCUAAGCUUCAUACAUCCUAUUGCUCAUUGCAGGGUUCUGCCAAAUUAGAGAAAGCUGAAAUAUUGCAGAUGACAGUGGAUCACCUAAAGAUGCUGCAGACCACUGGCGGUAAAGGUAUGGAGUUCAUUGGCUGCUUCUCUCUGCUUUCUGCUAUACUGUGUAGUGAAAUCCUUGCAAGCAGACCCCUUUGACAAGAUUAAAAAAGUGGAAAUCAAUGCUAAUGGCAGGGUUGAACUCGUGGGAAAGCGAUGCUGGGACAAAAGGAGCACUUGACCCUGCAUUGUGUUUGCUUUCAUAAAUCCGUGGGAGGGGAGAAGGUUGCAUUCACAGGCUGCCCUGUUGGUGGUUUGUUUGGGGUUUCCAGUGAGCGUAAAAACGGGUGCACUGGGGAGACAAAACAAACAUACAAUCCUCCCAGCACAAUCCAAGACUGUUAAGCUUAUGCCUGGAGGCAUAGCCAGAGCCCUAAUGGUCAGCCUGAGAGACCAGCGUGUAUCCAUCCCACACCAUUUAGUCUUCACUCCCAUCAGCAGCUGCUGGCUACAUUACAGCUCGUUAGAGGGACUGUCAGUAUUUAUCGUUGCUUGGCAUUCACAUUUUCACUGUCCCUCCUCUGUCUGUUUGUCUCUCUAGGGUAUUUUGAUGCCAAUUCCCUGGCUAUGGACUUCAUGAGCGUGGGCUUCAGGGAGUGUCUGACGGAGGUGGCCAGGUACCUGAGCUCUGUAGAGGGAUUAGACAGCAUUGACCCCCUGCGCGUGCGCCUGGUCUCCCACCUCAGCACCUGCGCGUCCCAGAGGGAGGCGGCUGCCAUGACCUCAUCCAUGGCACACCACCAGCAGGUGCUCCACCCUCACCACUGGGCCACCGCCUUCCACCCCCUCCCCGCCGCCUUCCUCCAGCACAGUGGACUGCCCUCCUCAGACAGCACCGCCAGCAGACUGUCUGUGGAGGUGCCCCAGCGCGGCUCGGCCCUCCUAACGGCCACCUUCUCCCACACUGACUCUUCUCACAGGGCGCCCUCUAAUGGCAGCGUGGCACCCUGCGUCCCCCCACUCUCCACCUCCCUCCUGUCUCUCUCCGCCACCGUUCACGCGGCGGCCGCUGCUGCUGCGGCCCAGACUUUCCCCCUGUCCUUUCCCGGAGGAUUCCCCAUCUUCACACCUCACAGUGUGAGCAGUACAGCAUCUAUGGUAGCUUCAGCUGUGAGCCCCUCCAUAUCCACCUCAUCCACUUCACAGCAGAGCAGAGACCGAGAGAGCAGCAGCAGCAAACCAUACAGACCUUGGGGAACAGAAGUGGGAGCCUUUUAAGUGUUUGACUUUUACAAGGUCUCAGUGUGGCUGGAGGCCUUCCACACUAUACAGAUAAAGGGACAAGAUUGUUUUAUUAACUAUGGCUUUUUUUGUGUCCAUAGACUUUUAUUCCACCAGCUUAUUUCAUUUCUGGCUGUGUGCAAAUUCAGAGAGAGAGAGAGCGAGAGAG